AUGUGGUACACACUGGCGCUGUUUGAGGAGUCUGAGCUCAUGUGGGCGGCGCUGGACAUCCCGCUGGGCAUACCCGCCGCUGAUGACCCAGACUACAUGACCGUGACGGAUGAGCGGCUCAAGCAGUAUAAACACGGGAUCAAGCUGGGCCGGAUGCCCAACGCCGGAAUUCCCACGCCCGCGCGCUUCACCGAGGCGCUGGUCCUCCUCUUCUUCUGUGAUGUCUUCCUUGUGAACACGUUCCUGGGACUGGAGUGGCAUGGUCUGACGUGGUAUAUGAUUGCAGCUCUAGAAGAUAAGAAGAUAUUCAGAUUGGAUGACCUCCAUCCUCACGUGUGUUCAUGGAUCAAACUCCUAAUUGAAUAUCCCCUGGGAAAGGAGGUAGGGAAUGCUAGGUACCAGUUUGCAGCAGCUAUGUGCAAGGCUGGCGGGGUUCCUAAGAAGAGCCCUUGGUAUUCCGAGCCUCUUGAUCCGCUAGAAUGGCUCAGGGAAAAGCUGGUAAUUGAGGUAGAGGAAAGGAAAAAGAACAAGGAAGAGGAGGAGGUAAAGAGCGUAUAG